AUGUCGGGCCUUGGAGAUGACACCAAGUCACAGACGCUCUGGACCAUGAACAACCAACUUGUCAACAGCCCAGACGCGGAACAGCCCCGGAAGUCUCAAGACCAGCCAUUAAACCGCGCUUGUGAAGCAUGUCGCAUUUCCAAAGUCCGAUGUCUUACGAACCCGGACACAAGCUCGACGCAGUGCCAGCGAUGCGCCAAGGCGAACAGAACAUGUGUUUUCGCGCCGCCGGCCAAGAGAAGGCAGAGAAAGAGAACAGACGUGCGAGUCACGGAGUUAGAGAAAGAGAUACAGCAGAUGCGAAGUCUUCUGAAGACCAACGCCAGAUCAUCGAACGAUGUUAGCGAACAGGAAUCCGGCGAUGAGGACUCGGAUGAUCAAGGCCAUGUGAGAAAGAAGGAGACGCCUCCUAGCGUGUCAAGUCGCCCGAGUGUUACAACAUCAGCGUCAAUGGUCACAGCACCAAUCAACAAAGUACCCACAGUCGACUCCACCCCUACUGGCGCGCCGACAGACUUCCUGGGGUCUUCUGAUAACGACAUUAUAGAUCGUGGUGUCAUCUCGGAAGAUCUAGCAGUCGAGCUCCUGAGCAUAUGGCGCACCGAGCUCGUCGCUGCGUGUCCAGGCAUCACAAUACCCAAACAAUGGGACGUGUUCGAUCUCCGAGCAAACAAGCCUGCGCUCUUCCACGCAAUCAUGGCUGCGGCUGCGCACUCGAAAGGUUCUGCCCUCUCUGACAGACUACAUGAAGAAACCGUCCUUCUCUACGCACGUUCCGCCUUCAUCAAAGGCGAGAAGUCGGUUCAAGCUAUUCAGGCGCUCAUCGUUACAGUCACAUACUAUUCACCAUCGAAAACACCAGGUCAGCUGCAGAUCUAUCAGUGGGUCAACAUGGCCGCAUCGAUGGCUCUGGAGUUGGGCUUGACAUCCAAACCCAGAACGCAUGAGCAACUCCCCAAACGUGCGAUUCGAUCGCUCCAGAAGAUUUCCUCGCCCGAGGAGUUGCUCGAGCACUGCCGCACUAUCUUACUACUCUACAUUAUCAGCGCAGGCUUCUCGAUGAGGCUGAAACGCCCCAACAUACUGCUGUUCAACAGUUGGAUGGAAGAGUGCUUCAACAUACUGGAAAAGUCGAAACUCUUGGACGAUAAGAGGAUAGUGGCGUGGUUGAAGCUUCAGAGGAUAGCCGACGAGGCAAAUACGGCUUUUGGCUUCGACGAUGCUAGCACAAGCUUCAGUCUCUCAGAGUUACGCAUGCAAAUUAUACUACGAAUCUUCGAUCGGCGGAUGCAAGACUGGAGGAAAGGGAUUCCAGACGACGUUAUGACGCUGAACUUACAGAUAGAGUACUACUCCGACAUGUUAUCCAUGUGGGAAUUCGGCAUGGACGGAGGUCGCUACGACGUCAUCGAAUUCCGCAACCGCCACAUCACCCUCCCCGCCCUCGACGACGACUGCGUGCAACCCGAAUCCCUCCUCUCGCGCUCCGCCCUCCAAAUCAACGCAACCACAAAAUGCAUUUCCGCCGCCCACACCAUCCUCGACUUCUUCAUCGCCGUUCCCGUCGACAAACUGCGCAAAUCGCCCAACGCCCUCUACGUCCGCGCCGUCUACUCCCUCGUUACCCUCAUGAAAGCAGAAUACGCCGUUGGCACCGACGCGGAAAUGGGCGAACUACUCGAAAGCCAGAGCCUGAAAAGUCAGGGUGCCGAGUCAUUGGAACUUUCUGCUGCAUGA